CGAGCCUCCCAGCUGGGCUUCCACCCCUGACUGCCAUACCGCUGGGGUGCCGUAGUUGCCGGGUGCCAUGGCGUGCAUGGAGCGCUGCCGCUGCUGCUCGGACGGCAGGCGGCACAGCAGCAUUCUCUACAACAUCCUCAGGAGCGAGGAGCGGGCGGCCUCGCCGCCGGGGCCGAGGCGAGGGCGAGCAUCCCGCGGCUGCCCGUGCGGGUCACGGAGGAGGGUGGCCCUGAGGAGCCCGCAAGUAGCAUGCAAGGCUGCCUCAGCCGUGCUAGUGAAGACGCUGCGUUUCGUCCAGAACGUGCCCUGCUUCCAGGAGCUGCCCCUGGAGGAGCAGCUUCUGCUGGUCCGGAGCUGCUGGGCGCCCCUGCUAGUGCUGGGGCUGGCGCAGGACCGGGUGCAUUUCGAGACAGUGGAGAGCGCGGAGCCCAGCAUGCUGCAGAGAAUCCUCACCACUCGGCGGCAGGGCGAGCAGCCCCAGCCACGCGGACCGGCGGCGGGCCGCCUGCACGACGGCCCCGGAGGCGACAGCGGCUCGCACCUGCCCUCGGCCGCCGAGAUUCAGGCUAUCAAGGGCUUCCUGGCCAAGUGCUGGAGUCUGGAUAUCAGCACCAAAGAGUACGCUUACCUCAAGGGGACGGUGCUCUUCAACCCAGAUCUACCUGGGCUGCAGUGUACACAGUACAUUGAAGGAUUGCAGAGGGAAGCUCAACAAGCUCUAAAUGAACAUGUCAGACUCAUUCACAGAGAUGAUGAAGCCAGAUUUGCCAAGCUGAAUGUUGUUCUGUCCUUGUUAAGAUCUAUUAAUGCUAAUGUGAUUGCUGAACUAUUCUUUAGGCCCAUCAUUGGAUCAGUGAACAUGGAUGACAUGCUUUUGGAAAUGCUUUGUGCAAAAUUGUAAAGGCAUGUAAAACAUUGAAAAUAAAUCCACUGCAAAGGAAACCCUAGAGCAGAAUAGUGCAAAGUACUGUAAAUAAACUAACUUAUUGUUUUUACAUAGAUAGUAUUUUUGUAUUCCAUAAUAAAAUAUUCUUCAAAUUCUGAAAUUAAUUUUUAUUAAACAUGGUGUUUUGGAAUAAGAUUGCUGCCACCCAAACAAACUUCAAGGUUGUGAUGGAUGUUGAUAUCUAAAGUUGACUGGCUGUUCCUUUACCCCAUCUGAAUAAAGACC